AUGCAUCCAAUUCGAGGACAAACCAGCCAAGUUGUUUGUAAGACACUCAUGGGUUGGAUAUCAAGAUAUGGUUUACCAAACAAAGUGCACUCUGACAAUGGACCUUGUUUCAUAAGCGAAACUUUUGAACAGUUUUGCAUAACCCAAGGCAUUGAGCAUACGUUCAGUCCACUCUAUAGGCCACAAGGAAACGCGGGUGUAGAACGGAUUAAUCGUACGAUGGGGGAAGCACUCACAAAAUUGGUAGAUAAACAUCCCAACCGAUGGUCUCAACACCUACCUGACGUACAACUAGCAUACAACACAGCAGUUCAUACAAGUACAGGAGUUUCGCCGUACGAACUAGUUUUCAAGGAGCACCCGCGAUCAAAAUUCGAAAUUAUAACAGAGAAGAUAUCACCAGCAACGGUUAGAGAGAAAACGGAACGACUGCGCGAGACUGUUAGUGAGGUAUUCCAAAAAGCACAAGAGUCCGAUGCCAAGUUAGCGGAAAAACGCAGAGAACGGUACAACAGUAAAACUUCGUUUAAAUCGUUGGGGGUGGGUGAACAAGUUUGGAAAAGAAAUUUACGAGCAAAAACAUUUGCAGAUCGGUGGACGGGACCCUACGUCGUGGUAAAGCCCACGUCGGUAACCAAAACAUCUUAUGUAGUGAGAAGGAAUAAUGGAACUAAAGAAGAAAUUGUCCAUUACAAUUACCUUAAACCUUAUCAGAUUCGACCUGUCAAGAAACCAAAGUCAAGGAAUCCACCAAAGAAGAAUGGGGUCGUACACCCAGCACUGGGUACCAGUGAGGACAGUGAAUCUGACAGCAGAGAAGAGGAAAUGCAACCAGAGAGAAGAUAUCCAGAAAGAAUUCGAAGACCUCCAGAAAAAUACACAUAA